AUGUAAUAAAUUUGUGACUUUCAUUUACGUUUCAUAAAAUAAGUCUGUUGUGAAAAUCAAUGUUCAUCAAAACUUCUUUGUGAUGAAUGCAUAAAAUCAAGCAAUGAUCAUGCAGGCCAUAGGUUAGUUGAUUUGUAGCAGUUUAUGAAUUUAGCAGAAUAGUUUUUAAAAGGAGGCUAGUACAUAUAUUAAUUAUAAAUUCCUAGUCCAGAAGUGGUAUUAUAUGGAGCUGAUUUAAAUACAAAAACUAAAAUUUACGUUUCUAACACUCAAAAUAUUAAGCAAGACAUGUAAGCUUAGUAUGUUAAAAUACUCGAAGAUUAGAUUUAAAAAUACAUCAACCAAUUAGUUGACGGAAUCAAAUAAGGUAAAAAAAUGAUUAUCGAAUUUGUGAAUCAGAUUAUUGAUGAGAGUUUUUCUUCAGCAGUUUUAAAGUAUUAAAUUCUAGAUUAUUAGCAAUCGAGAAUGCAGUCAUAUGAUUGUCAAGGGUGUUUUGUAGGCUUUCGAGUAGAAGAUAUCAACGAAGGAUGGGAACAAUUUAUUGUAUAGAUUGCACACUGGAUAAUUGGAGAAAGAUUAUUAUGAAAAGAAAGUAAAGAUUUUGAGAUUUAAUUUUAGAUUCAAGGGUUAGUAGAAUUGUUUCAAACUCAUUUAAAAUAAAUUUUGGAACCUUUGGGCAAUUAGGUGGAGAAUUAUGCAAAGUAAUUUCUUUAGCAAAUGGAGAAGGUUAAGGUUUCUGUUAAAAAUGAACACUUUAAUCUCAAUAGGACAAAUAUGAUUGCCAAAUAAUUUAAAAUCAAAGAUAUGGUCAUCGAUUAAAACCUAUAGUUGAAAGUUGAAUAACCCAAUUAUGUUUCAAGAAAACACAAUGUAUCAUUGCCACCACCCCUCCAAAACGAGAGUGAAUAUUAGAAUAUCUUCAAACUUAAAACUGCUAGAAUUCCUAAGCAGAGGAAACUAGAGUUACUAAAAUCAUUAGACUUCAUGCAUCAUACAGCAAGGAGUGAUUCGAAUUUGCAAACUAUCUCAUAAAUCACUCCACAAAAGGCAAAACUAGAUAAUGCAGGCUAAGAUCUUAAACGAAUUAUGGUUGUCAAUUCAAUUCAUUAAAAUCUUCUUGAUGUAAUUAGCAUUCAAGGUAAUAUUUGUAUCACCUCUGGAAAGGAAGGCACCUUGAAUUUAUUUACGAUUUAGAUUGAUGGAACUGACAUUUCUAUAGUAAAUCAACAUUAAAUCAAACCCCAUCAGGAAUUGAGAGAUGUGGAAGUCUGUUAAACUCCAGGGAUGUUUCUCACAGUUGGCAGGAACAUCAAAGUGACCAAUGAGAAAUAUGUGGAUUUGGGAUAUAUUGUGAAGUUGUUUCUUUUUCAAGAUAUUAAAGACAUUGAAUUGCUGACUGAAUUCAGAGAUCUUCACAAUCAACCAAUUGAGAAAUUGAAGUUCAUCACUGAGAAUUAUAUCAGAACAAGGAUAGAGUAUUCGAAGUUUAGUAAUGAAUUAGAGUUUGCAUCUCAAACUGUAGACACAAUCAAAGUGUGGAAAUUUUCAUUCGAUAGCUCAAAAAUAUAUGAGGGAGAGAUGUAGGAGAUAUAUAAAGUUGAAGUCAAGUAGCAAAUUAUCAAAAGCAUAGAAUUUUGCAGCAGCGAUUACUUAAUUUUAACAACAAAAUAGAAUUAUUCUAUAUAUUAUAAGACCUCGCUAAUUAAAUAGUAAGUUUAAGGGAAAGAUUUCAUUGUAAAAUCUAAGGUGAUUAACAACAAUAGAGUUUUGAUAUUGAGUAGUCAGGGAGUGAUUACAAUCCUGGACAUGUAGAAGAUAAAAAAUAAUGAUAAAUCAUUUGAACCUCAAAAAAUAGUAAUUAUAUAAAUCACCUAAAUUUAAGAACAUAAAGAAAUAUUUGAGAUUGAUCCUUUUUGAGAAGGAAGAGAAGGAAGUCGAAUUCAUUGAUUGCAUUUAAAUCAAUUAAAAGUUCCUUGUGUUCAUGCAUAGUACAGUCUAUGAUCAUUUUCUCACAUUAAAUAAAAACUUUGAUGUAAAAAAUAUAACUUACAAAAAUAGAUAGAAAAUAGAUUCAGAUACCCACCUUCUGAGAUAAGGUUGUUGAGAUAAUUGGAAUUUGAUAAAUAUAAUUUCAUCAUAAGCGUUGAGGGCAAGAAUGACUUCGGGAUUUGGAACAUUGUUUUAAAAUGA